AUGUCGAAUCGGAUGAACGCAGCCGUACAGAUUUCGGGGUUAAGGACGCCGACACGUUCUGAAGACGCAUCACCACAACAUCCACGUCGUCUUGAAGUAGUUUCGAAACAGGCAACCAAGGUUACUGCUAUCUCUACUCGCUUGGAAUGGAAAAUUGAUCAGUUUGAAAAACUGAUGAAGUUGUUCAAAAAUGGACACAAUUUAAUCAGUAAACAAUUUGGAUGUCCACAAGCGCCUACAGUCACAUGGGAACUGCACGUUUAUCCUAAUGGGAAACGAGAAGAGGAUGUUGGCAAUGUUUCUUUCUUUUUGCGACAAGUAGGCUUGCAGCGCGGUGAAGAUCCCAUAAUGACGGAGUUUCAAAUUUACGCGUUGGAUGCGAACUCAUUAAGGGUUAGCGUGUGCAGAGAUACCAAAGAUUUUACUAAUCAACAGGGUCGUGGGAAAUUUCAGGUUUCACGAGAUAAGAUGAUGGCAGCACUGAAAACAGACGGAGCUUUACUUCUUAUCUGUGAGGUUGAAUAUUUUCCUCCUGGAUCAAAAAUCAGCGUUGAACAAGCAGUGGAAGCAGAGCCUCUGGAUGAUUUUGAUGAAAAGAACGAGGUUUCAAUACGGGAUUCUCUUAAAGAUAUGCUAGACAGUGAGCUGUUUGCAGACUGUACUAUAAAGGUCGGUAAUAAGACGCUAAAAGCUCAUCGCUGUAUAUUGGGACAGCAUAGCGAAGUAUUCCGUUCAAUGUUUGCGCAAGAAUCGAUGUUAGAGGCUCAGAAAGGAAUUAUUGAUAUUCAGGAUUCAAGGUUUGAACCUGUGCGGGCCAUGGUAGACUACAUAUAUACAGGUUCGACAGAUCUUGUGGAAGGUUAUGCAGAAGAUGUUUUAGCCAUAGCUGAUAAAUACGCUAUUCUGCCUCUUAAGGAACAGUGCGAGCGAUAUCUCUCAACAACUAUUAACUGUAAAAAUGUUGCCUCUACCGCAGUGUUUGCUGAUACUUAUUCGGCUUCGAUACUUAAACAAGCGUGCACGAAAUAUAUGUCACUGCAUCACCGAGAUGUAUUACGCUCUGCAGAAUGGAAACAGAUGAAGAGAGAAAGAUCAGAGUUAGCAAACGAUCUUUUGGAAUCAGUGUUGGUUGGUGAUGGUGUUACAACUCCUGGCGAUUUCAGUUUUAGCGGUAGCGACGAAAGCAGUUCGACGGGUUCUGGUAAUGUUCUGGUAAAUGAUAAUCGGCCACCACUUCGAAAGCGUGUGCGACGAGCUGCUAUCAGAUGA